UUCUUUAAGAUCAGAUUCCUGCUCGUUGUUCUGUGUGGAAUAGUUGCGAUCCUGGCUGUCAGCUUGUGGAGCUAGACUGCCUGUACUCGUUACUCGGACCUGAGGAUACAUUCGCCCCCUUUUUCUCGAUGUGAACUGUGACAUGGCAGCACGACUCCUAUCAUUUUAAUGGCUGCCGAAUCGGGGAGACUGCAGGCGGGACAAGGUCAAGGGAAGCGAGGCAAAGGUUCCCAGAUGAAAAGUCCAGAGAAAAAAAAGAGGAAAUCCAGCACUCAGGGGGCAUCGUUCUCCCACCUCUCUGAGUUUGCGCCUCCUCCAACUCCUAUGGUAGACCACUUGGUGGCCUCCAAUCCAUUUGAAGAUGAUUUUGGUCCUCCCUCACGUCCAGCUGGAGCCGGUGGUCCCGGGAGUGCGCCUUUUCUGCCAAGCCCAGGGGCCGGCGGAGGAGGUGGAGGUUAUGGAGGACCUGGUAGAAUGGGAGGAGCUAUGGGCUUCAUGGGUGGCCCUGGAGGACCCGCUGGAGGACCCGGUGGUGGGCAGCCUGUACGAAGACCACCUUUCGGCCCUCCACCGCCCAACACAGGACCACACCACCCAUUAGGGUUUGGCGGGAUGCCAGGAUUUGGAGGUGGAGGAGGAGGUGGUGGGGGCGGCGGCUUUCCUCCAGGGGGACCAUCACAGUUUAACAUGCCGCCUAAUUUUAGCCCUCCUAUGCACCCUGGACAGAGUUUUAACCCUAUGCUGUCGCCUGGUGGAAUGGGUGGCCCUGGAGGUGGUGGUCCUCCUCAUCCACGUUUUGGAAUGCAGCAGCCUCAGCACGGACAAGGUGGCCAUCCCUUUAAUAACCCCUCAAUGCCUGGUGGCCCUAGAGGCCCACCUCAUGGCCCAAUGAAUCCUAUGAGUGGCAUGCCAACUGGAAUGAACAUGAUGGGUGGUAUGGGAGGUGGAAUGGGUGGAGUUAAUAUGGUGGGAGGCCAUCCAGGUUUGCCACAACAGGGACAGUUUCCCCCAUCACAGGAUGGCCCGUAUCCUGGGCCUGGCACGCCUGGCAGUGAAGAAGGCAAGAAUUUUGUUGGUGGCCCUGUUCAGCAACCCCCUAACCUUAACCCAUCUGGUCCUCCAUCCAACAGUGCUACCCCAGGUCCGUCGCCAGCUUCUGGACCCCCACAGACUGGAGGAAGUUUCCCUGGUCACCCUGAUGUUCAGCAAUCGACACCCAAUACGCCAGGACAACCCACAUCUGCUCCUUCACUCUCAAACCCUAAUUCCUCUCCUACUGGUCCACUCAACGGGCCACAACCUCAGCCAGUCCCACCCAACCCGCACCCUCCGGUUAACUCUGCAGGUGGACCUGGGCCAAACACUCCGUCCGGUCAGCAACAGACACCACCCAACUCUAACCCAGGCUCUGCCCCCUACAAUCAGCAGAACAAUGCUUCCGGUGGUGGUCCUAUGCCAAACCAGCCACCCAAUAUCAAUCAAAACAACAUGAGCAACACCAGUGGCAGCAAUGCUAACCCUCCAUCCAACUCCACACCCAACACACAGUCUCCGCCUCCUACCAGCCAGGCUCCGUCCUCCGUCGGCCCAGCCUCUGGGCCACCGAAGCUAGGAGGUGGCAUGGUGUUCCAAUGCGGCAUCUGCAUGUCGGAGGUGCAUGACGACCAGGAAGCUAUUCUGUGCGAAGCAUCAUGCCAACGCUGGUUUCACAGAGGCUGCACAGGCCUGAGUGAGCCAGCCUACGGUUUACUAACCAGAGAGAGCGCUGCUGUGUGGGCCUGUGAUUUUUGCCUCAAGAAUAAGGAGAUUCAGGCGGUGUACAUACGCCAGGGCCUGGGACAGCUAGUCGCUGCCAAUGAAGGCUAAGAACCCUGGACUGAGGCAGUGAAAGGAAAGGAAGAGAAGAAUUGAAUAACAUUGUGAUUAAUGCUUUCGACAGAGCAAAAGGACAGGGGAACUAGUGGAGAAAUGCAAACGACAGAUGUGAGUUGUGUGAUGUCCUGUGUUUAGCAUUCUUACAAAUCAUGCAAGCACUUUUAGGGCCGGUCCCCUUUCCCAAA